CUCAAACUCCAAAAUCCCAACUUCUGGGACAGCCUCCAUGGCCAGGUCCCGGGCUUGCUGGACUGGGACAUGGGGAACGAGUCCUUUCUGGCCUUCACCACAGCGCACCUGCCCUUAGCAGAGCAGAACCUUGCCAGAUAUAGACUCCAAGUAGUUGAUCCACCAAGACUACCCCUGGAAAAAAAACCCAAGGCUGAUGAAGAUGGUCCAGAUUUUGAGCCCAACCUGUGGAUGUGGGUAAACCCCAACAUCGUGUAUCCCCCCGGAAAGGUGGAGGCCCCAGAACCUAGUAAGAAGGAGGAUCUGACAAGCACACUCCCCUCCCCUCAGCCACCCCUGAAGGAGGAAGAUGCCACCUGCUCAGAGGCCAUGGGGGUGGAAUCGCUGCUGCAUUCUUCUGGCGAGCACUCGCACCCCUGGAAACAGUUUAUCUCUUUCCCCUGCAACUGGGAGCUUACAGAAGAGGAGGAGGCUGAGGACCAGGAUGACAGCUCCUCUGUGACUCUCCCGUCCCCUCACAAAAGGGUCCCCCUCCAGAGUCGGAGGCUUCGGCAUGCCAGCAGCCAGAAGGGGAAGCUCUGGUCCCGGCCCCCUCUCAAUUACUUCCACCUAAUUGCCCUGGCAUUAAGAAACAGUUCCCCCUGUGGCCUCAACGUGCAACAGAUCUACAGUUUCACCCGACAGCACUUCCCCUUUUUCCGGACGGCUCCGGAGGGCUGGAAGAAUACUGUCCGUCACAAUCUCUGUUUCCGAGACAGCUUUGAGAAAGUGCCAGUGGGCGCACAGGAUGAAGAAAGCCCAGGCACACGGCCUCGAUCCUGCCUCUGGAAGCUGACUGAGGAGGGACACCGCCGCUUUGCAGAGGAGGCCCGUGCCUGGGCUUCCACUCGGCUGGAGAGUAUCCAGCAGUGCAUGAGCCAGCCAGAUGUGAUGCCCUUCCUCUUUGACCUUUAG